AUGGCAAUGAAUGCUCCGACAGAUCAGACGGAAGAGGACGCGACGGAACUGCAGUUUCCCAAAGAGUUUGAGAACUCGGAGACACUGUUGAUCUCAGAGGUGGACAUGCUUUUGGAGCACAGGAAGCAACAGAACGAGUCCGCGGAGGAGGAACAGGAGUUGUCAGAAGUGUUUAUGAAGACUCUCUCCUAUUGUCAGCGCUUCAGUCGCUACAAGAAUCGGGAGACCAUCGCAGCCGUCAGAGCGCUGCUCACGCAGAAGAAGCUGCAUAAGUACGAGUUGGCACAGUUGGCCAACCUUUGCCCCGAAACACCCGAUGAGGCGAAAGCACUCAUUCCCAGUCUCGAG